UUGGUCUUUAUGGUAACUUACAACUUGUUAGCCUACGGCGGAAGGUCCUUAUAUUCGCGUUGUUCACUAUUUCACUCCGACUUCACGCAUCGAAAUCAAGCAGACGAAAACCAUCUUUGGCUAAUGAUGUCUGGCGAAGAGGAAGAAAACGCUGCUGAGCUCAAAAUUGGAGAAGAGUUUUUGAAGGCGAAGUGUUUGAUGAAUUGUGAAGUGGCUUUAAUUCUCGAGCAUAAGUAUGAGCAGCUUCAGCAAAUGUCUGACGAUCCCAUGAAUCAAGUUUCCCAGGUAUUCGAGAAGUCACUGCAGUAUGUAAAACGCUUUAGCCGUUAUAAAAAUCCAGAUGCUGUGAGACAAGUUCGAGAAAUUCUGAGUAGAUAUCAGUUAGCUGAAUUCGAGCUUUGUGUUCUUGGCAACCUGUGUCCUGAAACUGUGGAGGAAGCAAUUGCUAUGGUGCCUUCCAUCAAGACUAAAGGACGGGCUCACGACGACGAUGCCAUCGAGAGAAUGCUAAAUGACCUUUCCCUUAUCAAGAAAUUUGAAUAGUGGCCGCUAAAUUACUGGCUGUCUAUGACACUGAAGACAUGAAUAGAAUGUUGAAUGCCGUGUCUCAUAUAAAAUAUACUUUUUUAUCUAUUUUACCCAUGUCAGUUUGAGAUUAACCUAAAAAGUUGUAGUGUGUCGAAUGGUUUACGUUCUGUAAAUUUCUCAUUAAGGUGUUGCAAACCCGCAUGUCUGAAAACGGCUUUUGCUAUUCAUUCUCGUGAUUUUUUGUAAGUUUUAUACUCUUAUGAUUGAUCUAAUUUUUUUUUUUCAUCAAA